CUGAGUCUGGGAUGGUCAGGAGAGCCGCUGAGAGAUGUAGUGGGGGAUGAAGGGGCGGCGUGGACUCGUUAUGUGGCCAGUGGUAUUCUGCGGGUAUUGAAGGAGGAGCGUCAGGAGGAUGGAGGAUGCAGAGGAAAGCGUGUCAUCUUCUCAAGUAGAGGAGAAAGUGCGAGAUUUCUUGCACUUGGUUCAGGUGCUGUGUCGUGCUGGCGUGCCUUUGGAUAAUAUGAAGGAGACAAGCUUUUCAGGUGCGGCAAGUAACGCCUCCACUUCCCCUGGCGCUGCGAGGGACGACCACACCAGCAGGAAGAAAAAGGAGGAUGAAGAGGAGCAGAAGAUGGCGGUUCUUUACAUAGUGCUGGUCCUCCUCUUCUUCUCCGCCUCCCUCAUCAUCCUGCUGGUGCGACACGUGAGGCGCGAGAAGGAAACGAGGAAGAUGGAGAGGUUCUACAGAGACUACCUGCUGACCACUUACUCGAGGCCCGUCGUGUACUUCGAUAAGCGAGGCCGCCCCCUGCAGGAGAAAGGACUUACGCUGCCUCCCUCACGCCCUCAAGGUGCUGGUCCAGAUGCUACGUCCACGUCCUCGGAAAGUGACAUCGUAGCAUCCUCCCGUCCCUCAGUCAGCGCCCCAGCAGCAGCAGCAGCAGCAGCGGCGCCUCCCAGUGAGUCUUCCGGGACAUAUCUGGCUGAAAUAAUUGGCGGUACUAAGGCUGGUAAUUGUUUUUGUGACGCUACGAGGCACUUAAGCUCUCCCGUGACACCUGGUGCACCUGUUGAUGGCACUGUACCUGCGGCGGGGCACACAAACGCACCUGGACAGCUCGGAAAUGUUGCACCUUCCACAGUUACGCGCGAGGGAGCGAAAACAGAAUGUGAUACUGCACUUUUCAACGCGACACUCGCCCCAACACUUCCCCCGCCUGAAAAAUGCAUAGAAUGUGACAACACAUCAAUUGAGGUUACUGCAGUGCACGAUAACACGUGUGAAUUAUCUCUUAAAGAGCUUUCCGCCACCACACAGGCUCCUGGCGUUACUGCAACGCAAUGCAAAACAAAGAACUCACCGUUCUUUGCAAAAUUAAGUGGGAAAUCGACUUCUGUGUAGCGGGGAAUAAAAAACAAUGAAAAAAAAUAGCACGCAAACAAAGCUUCGUUCCACAGCAGGCGCCUGGCGAGACCACAGCACACGGCAACGCAAGGCACAGGCCGCGGACAGCAUCGCCACCACAACUUGGCGGCAAAGCGACUAAAACCAGAUCAAAUCGAUGCAUGCAUGACUAAAGGCUUCCUCCAUAGCGCCGCGCACCACUGAAUUAUAGCUCAAGUGUAACAUUAGUCCCGGAAACGAUUCUGGCGUCGCGCUAAAGAGAAAUGUUAAUGAGGUGGUGGGAAAAUAAUGACAGGGAACGCUCGCUGGGACUGAUGUUAGCGCUGGUCGCGGCCGUGUGGAACUGUCGCGGCGGAGUGAUGAGGCGAAUAAAGGGAAUAACAGGAAGCUCAAAACACAGGGACUGGAUUGGCAGGGAAUCGGCGGCCUGCUCAUGAAUAUUCCGGUACGUCAUCUGGAAAACUAUUUGUAGUUUCUAAUGGAAGCCAGUGGAGUGUUCAAAGGUGUUUCCAUGAUUCUUGUGACAUUUUGGCAAGGAUUACGAGUGUGCGCCAUCACAGGGUAAAUAACAUCCAUAACAGUUAGAGUAAUUUCUGUGGCUUUUGAAAAUAAUCCGUAUGAGAGAACAAUGCGCUCAGGAAUAUUGUCCUUUGAAUGAGUGGCAUUUGGGAUAGAGAAAAGUGAGAGUGAGUGGUUUUGUUUAUAUUUCUGGUAGUGUGCGGGUUAAAAUAUCUGUUCCCUGUGGUGUUAAAAUUAUCAUUAUCUCUACAACUGUGUUUAUAGUUGUUGCAGGACUAUACAAUAAAAUACUAGGGAAACUAACAUUUAUAACAUUACUGUUGAUAAAAGACGCGUACAAA